CCCUUCAUCCGCAUAUUCAGCACCAUGGCUUCCUCGAUAGACAAGCAAAAGCACUUCCUUGCAUCUCCAAAAUUUGCUGUUGUAGGCGCAUCGACCGAUCAGAGCAAGUUUGGCACAAAGGUCUUGCAGUGGUACAUCCAACGUAACCGCGACGUCACACCUGUGCACCCUACCAGCAACGAACUUGAGGGAAUAAAGACUAUCCGCUCCCUUGCUGAUCUUCCGUCGCCAACAGAGACCUCAAUCAGCAUCAUCACACCAGCCAAGAUCACCAUUGAGCUGCUCAAACAAGCCAAGGAACUCUCCGUGCCCUCCCUUUGGAUACAACCCGGUGCCGCUGAUGUUACUUGCGUGAAGUACAUCAAGGAGAACCUGUCAGAUCGUGUCAUAUAUCAAGGGGAGUGCAUACUAAGAGACGGGGAUGGCAUCGUACAGAGUAUGCUGUAAGAUAUGGCCAGGUGAUGUUUUUAUUCUUAAGCUAUUGAAUGAAAGUGUCGUAAGUUUUACUCAUCCU